GGUCCCAUGAGACCAGUGCGUACAGAUAGCCAGCCACAAGUCCAGCUCGCCCAAACAACAUCCACUGGCUGUACCUGGUGUAUCAUCUUCAGCUCUUGCUCAAGAAGAUUAGAAUAGGAGGGCUUCUAUGCAGCACCAAGCAGAGACUCAAGAAAAAUGCCUGGCAACAUCCACAUCUCAGCCACUCAACCACCAGCCAUCACCCCACUGUUCUUGGAAGUUGGUAUGGGCACAAGAGAAUACAGUGGAAACAUAGAACAAGAUGGUUUAUCUAUCCCUGUUACAUCGCUUAGGGAGAGUAUGGUAAUAAUGCUGUACAAUGCAGACAGAGAAUUGAUAUCAAAAUCAGAGCUGAAGACAAAAGCGAUCGUGGAGUCAGGAACUAUGGAUGUAGUGUUUACUCUUGAUAGUGGACGAAAAAUAAUUCUUCAGGUGCAGUUUGUACUCAACGAUGAUGACCGCAAGAGGAUCCAAGAAAUGAGAAACUCUGCAAUGAAAAGGAAACAGCAGGAACUACUUGGAAGUGGCUGUGAACUCAAUUUUCCAGACAGCCCAUUGUCUAAACGGCUCAUAGAGAAGAUCUCCAACAUGCAAAGUAAAGGAGAUGGACAACCUAAGCUUCGGAAGAGUGUUUCGCUGGAUGAUUUGCAAGAGAGGGCCGCGUUCUCUGGAAUAAAUGUGUAUCCGAGGAUGAAGGCCUCAAGAAACUUGUUGCUGCAAAGGGGUGUUAGAAAUGCUUCAAGGUUUGAAGAUCCCUGUGGCUCCAAGAUAGGAAACGGCAAACCAGAGAGCAAAUCAAGCAGUUCAGUGAAGAAGAUGAGUUUGGUUUCAGAUAUUGAUGCAUCACUGACCGAUUCAGGAAUUAGUAGUACGCAGACAGGCAAAGCAAUAGUCCCUUUUGGUGAUAACAAAGGUUCAAAAUACAGGUCAGGAAAGACAGUUUUGUUCCACCAUAAAAAAUCCAGUGCACCUGGACAAACUGGGAUGCCAAAUCCAACUGAAAGGAGGAGCCGUAGGUCCAGUAGCGGUGACAGAGCAAGCAAGCAGAAGCUGAGCGAAAAUGAGCUGAACAGAACUAAGAGGAGAUCCCAGGCAAAGUAUCGGCGCUCCAUUGGCCCGUCCUAUUCGCUAGAGCUGAUGCAUUCAAGAGACUAUGUUGAGCACUCGUUGAACUAUUUGGGUGCGACAUCAAGCACCAGGAUACACCCACAUAUUUGUGUGACUACUGCGAGCAAACAGCUGAAAGACCUCCUUGAGCUUGAAUACUGGAAGUCACAUGCGCACAUGAAACACACUGAUAAAACCCAAGAGAUUACAGGUGAUGAUGAAUCUUCCUCUGCUCAAACUCGAAGUGGCGGUUUCCCUAAGCUGAAUGGGUGGUUGAUAAAUCAGGGAGUGCGUGCUGCCAUUGUGGUAAUAGCUUGUGGGGCUAUGUUCCUCAACAGCAGAUGAAAUAUUGCGUGAAGCUUCAAUACUGGCAUGGUCCUAUCCUUUCUCUGUAUGUUGCAAGUACUCCCUCCGUAUUGGUAAAGAAGUUGUUUUGGACAAAGUUUGGAUCAAACAUUGGGAAUAUAAAUCAUCAAUAACUUUUAAGUUGUUGAGUUUACAAAUAUAAAAAAUUAUAUGAAUAGAUUUGUCUUGAAAAAUAUUUUCAUAAAAGUUUAUGUAUAUCACUUUUUUAUAAAUAUUUUUUAAAAAAUAAGAGGUCAAAGUUGUGUUUUUGAGACCGUGUCGCUGUCCUAAACGACUUUCUUUACCAAUACCAAUACGAAAGGAGUAUCUAUACUCGGAAGUCAGGAGGACCGAGGGCAAAGAUUUGCGUUCAGGGCUCAGCUUUGGUUGGACGACGCUCUUCCUGGCUGAAUAAGGUGGCCGUGGACUCUCUGGAGUAAAAUGCAUGGCACAUCAUUAAACUUGGGGGUUUUUUAGUUCCUUGGCUCUAAAAAAAGUGGAGGUUAGUUCCUUGGCCCUCAAAAAGGACUUGCGAAUACCCCCGACGGUACCCUGAGCGCGAGCGAGCUCCUGGCGGAACUAAGCUCAACUUUUUUUAAGGCCAAGGAACCAAUUUACUUUUAUACUUGCUGCACAUUAUUUAACUGGAUCACUCAACUUGAAAACAGUACAAAUUGCUUCUUUUCCAAAAACAAAAAAA